AUGAAGGUUCUUUUGGUGUUAGCCCUGGCCGCUGCGGCCUAUGCCAUCGAAGACGAGCCGGUUGCUGUUGAAGGAGCCCGAAUCCUCGCCCACAAAAGCCCCUUUUCGAUGUAUGCCGUUGAGAAGAUGGAUCUUGUCAUUGAAUAUUCCGUUUUCAACGUUGGAGAUAAGCCCGCAUACAAGGUGCAAUUGAAUGAUGUCCACUCGUUCCCGACCACCGCCUUCGACCUUGCCAAGGGACAGCUGACCGCCCGAUGGGAGAAGCUCGCCCCUGGAGCCAACGUCACCCACCUCGUCGUCCUCCAGCCCAGGGGACCCGGCGUCUUCAACUACACCGCCGCCCAGGUCACCUACACCACUGAAGAGAAGGCCUCCGACUACGUUAUUGGAUACACGAACGCUCCUGGAGAGGGAUACAUCUACCUGCAAAAGGAGUACGACCGGAAGUUCGCCCCCAAGCUCUACCACUGGAUCGUCUUCGUCCUCAUCGCCCUUCCUUUCACCGUCGGAUCUUUCCUCAAGUACACCCAGUCCGCCAGCAAAUUCGAGGCCUACAUGAAGAAGGAGGAGAAGAAGCAAAAC